UAGUGUUUUUCCGAUUCGUCUGAGAAGAUUGAAAGGAAACAUUCCCGAUGAGGUUGAUGGAUACGCGGAAUCGCAACUUUUCUCUGUCCGAAGUACAUCGUUAAGGAUAAAGGACCAUUUCCUGAGAACCUGUUGAGGAUAAAGGAACAAACUUUACUGGAAUACUUUUCAAGAAGUGGAAACGAAGUUCGAGGGAUAUUUCCUGGAAGAUCAAGCGGAAAAGAGGCAGGAAUUUUUAAGUAAUCGAGCUGGAAGUUGCAAGUUUCAAGACAAUUACUCGAAAAAUAUUUCAGGAGCAAUAUAAACAAAAGUUAAAGUAUUUUUAAAUACGAAAAGAAUCUUUUUCCGAGAAACUGAACAGACUCACUCGAAGAAUACCAAACGUCUAUUCUUUCCGGUUUGAUUAUUUAAGUUCACGGUAGGGUAAAAUUUACGAUAGAAACUGUCGGCCGAAGAUUCGCGGACUAGUUUUAAAAUAUUUAAAGAAUUCCCGUGUGCAACGUGUCUUCCCGAUUGCCGGGGACAUUUCGCUUAAAAUUAUUGCCCUGUACCGGUCAUUCGGACAUCGAGGAAGAUUAAUAGAGUUUACGGUCGCCCGUUCAUAAGAUAAAAGAAGCAACAGGAAGAAAAAGGAAAUACGUUGAAAAGAAUCAUGAAUUUUAACACCUCAUCCAGCCACUACGUUUGCAACUUGUCUUCGUUUCACUCGCACUAUUCCCAGUUGCACGGAUGGAUCUCUCUUUUCGUAUGCAUUUUCGGCUCGAUCGCGAAUAUCCUGAAUAUUCUCGUUCUAACCCGACGAGAAAUGCGAUCGCCCACGAAUAUAAUUUUAACAGGAUUAGCCGUGGCGGAUUUACUCGUAAUGAUCGAUUACAUUCCUUACGCGUUUCAUCUUUAUCUGUAUCGACGAUCCAGGAGAGACACAUUUACUUACGGCUGGACUAUCUUCGUGCUGUUUCACUCGAACUUUGCCCAGGUUUGUCAUACCAUUUCAAUUUGUUUAACCCUCAUACUGGCCGUGUGGAGAUACGUGGCGGUAGCAAGGCCGCAACAAAACAGAGAGUGGUGUAGUUACAGAAGAACUAUUUUUGCGAUUUUUAUUGCGUACGUUUUCUGUCCCGUGCUUUGUGUACCCUUGUACAUCACGACCGAAGUGAAAGAGCAAGUAUUUGACGUUUCAAUUAUUCCACAGGUUUGUCAUACCAUUUCAAUUUGUUUAACCCUCAUACUGGCCGUGUGGAGAUACGUGGCGGUAGCAAGGCCGCAACAAAACAGAGAGUGGUGUAGUUACAGAAGAACUAUUUUUGCGAUUUUUAUUGCGUACGUUUUCUGUCCCGUGCUUUGUGUACCCUUGUACAUCACGACCGAAGUGAAAGAGCAAGUAGAAAUCUUAGAUUCCAACGGAAUGAGUGUAAGCAAUCGAAAUCAAAGUCUGAUUGAUUCACCGCUCGAGAACACGACAAACGUUACACUAUAUUUCGUUCGAUUAUCCGAAACGGCAAAAAAUCAUGAUAUCCUGAAAGAAUUAAAUUUCUGGAUCUACAGUGUCGUAAUAAAACUUUUUCCUUGCGUUGUUCUAACGAUUGUCAGCUUGAAACUUCUUCAAGUGUUGUUGGAGGCAAAACGGCGGAGGCGAAAGUUAACGAAUAUUCAGGAGGAAAAUUCGGAAAGGAAGAAAAGCUGUCGAAGAGUUGAAAAGGAACGGCAAACUGAUCGUACCACGAUGAUGUUGCUCGCAGUCUUGCUGCUUUUUCUAUUGACAGAACUACCCCAGGGAAUACUGGGACUUUUUAGCGUACUUCUUGGUCCAGGAUUUUUCUGGACUUGUUACUUGAUGUUGGGUGACGUUAUCGAUAUGUUAACUCUUGUCAAUUCAGCUAUAAAUUUUAUACUUUAUUGUACAAUGAGUAGACAAUUCAGGAAAACGUUUAACGAACUUUUCUGUAAAAGCUGGAAACUUCCUAGGAGUACUAGGAAACAGAUUUUCAUAGAGAACAAUGGAAACACGGGUACAAAUCAUACGGUAACACAAGUGACGCAAGUAUAGUUGGUAAAGAAUUGAUAAAAUUUUUUUCAGCGAUAUUUAUCUAAUGAAAUAUGUUAGUUCUGAUUGUG